CAGCGCUCAUCUUCAUCGCAGACACCUGUCCUGAAGACUGAAGAGAUAAACCCAGUUCCAGACAGACAUGGAGACCUCCGUUGAACAGGCUCGCUGGGUUUCCUCCUUCAUGGUAUCAUCAGAGGUAAUGCCCUCUUACCCAACUGACUCCAGCUAUAUGGUCCACAAUGAAGAGGGUUUGAUGUUCCCCGGCAUUGAUGCCGAUUACAGCAGCCUGCCAUCUUUGUUCAACAGCCCGGUCCAUGGCUGUUCAUCUGGAGCUUUUCAAAACAGCCCAGUAUAUCCCGUUUACUCCUCUCCAUUCCUCGGAAACCUGUCCUGGCUGGAAAGUUCUAAAAGCCUCCAACCUCUAACCAACCUCUUCCCAUCAUCCUGGCACAGCAGUGCUUUUUCUAAGACGUCCACGUCAUCCUUCCACAGUUCCACGGCCCUCUCCUCUGCCAGACCGCCUUGUUCUACCCUCCACUUCCCUAUCCAGCAUCAAAAGGUGACCAAUGGUGUGCAGGAGAGCAUGAAAAGAGAUAGACAGAGUCCUUCUGGAGAUGGGGAGGCGUUUUUUGGAGGUGUGUUUACCCCUACAGUGAGUGACGUGCAUGUGCAGGCAGACCCUUUAAAAACCAGAGAGCCGCAUGAGUGUGUGAACUGUGGGGCCACUGCAAGCCCUCUGUGGCGGCGUGAUGGAACGGGACACUACCUCUGCAACGCCUGCGGACUGUACCACAAGAUGAACGGAGAGAACAGACCCCUCAUCCGACCCAAAAAGAGACUGGUCACCAGUAAGCGAACAGGAACUCAGUGUGCGAACUGUCAGACCAGCACCACCACGCUGUGGAGACGCAACGCCAGCAGAGAGCCUGUGUGUAACGCUUGCGGACUCUAUUUCAAGCUUCACAAUGUGAACAGACCGCUGACUAUGAAGAAGGAAGGCAUUCAGACACGGAACCGUAAAAUGUCCAUCAAGAACAGGAAAGGGAAAAGUUUUAGCGUCACAGAGGAGAAUCUGUAUUUUUCAAAGAAUCCUGUGUCAGAUCAGCAUUUCGACUUGUAUGCUCAGAGUCCAGGAGCUCUGGGCGCCUACAGCCACUCUUCCCAAUCACUGCCGCCCACCGCUGCCUUCCACAGCCACGCCAGCCUGCCUUACCCAUACCACCCACCGGCUGCCAUCUUACCCAGCAUGAUGUGACGGAAACUGGACAGAAGACUGAGUUCAUGGAAAGCUGGAAUAAGUUGUACAAAAACACUCACUACUGCCCAGCCGUGUGCUCACAUACUCAGUAUAAACAUACUUACAAGCUAAACUAACGCAGAUGCAUGAAAAUCUUGGCACACAUAAUAGCUGACAUGCAAUGCAUUGCAAACAAAACAUCAAAUCAUGUGCAUUUAUUUUAAAGAAAGAACAAACAAACUUUUCAAGUUUGUUUGAUUUGAAAAGUUCGAAAGAUGACAAAUAUUACAACCCUUUUUUUUGAGGCAUUAGUGUAGCAUGUCCAUAGUUUGAGGUCAGUAAGAUUUGUAUUUUUAAAGAAAUUAAAACUUCU